AUGAGCACCGAGGAAGACCUGUACGGCGACCUGGACACGUCCACCAGCGCCUUGGAGAAGAAGGAGGCGCUGGACCUCAAGACGCAGGUGGAGAAGGAGAACGCGCGGCUGCGGGACGAGCUGGCGCAGCUGCAGGAGCAGAACCGACAGCUUGGAGCGGCCAACAAACAGCUCGAGGCCAACAUCUCGACUCUGUUCGCCACUGCACAACUGGAGCUCAGUCGCAAGGACAAGGAGAUCCAGCGACUGCGCGCCGCGUGUGUGUGUUCGUCAUCGUCUCGGAGCGCUCGUUCGCUGCCGUCGAAUGCCCAUCGCAUCAACUGUUGGCUGUUUGUUCGUACGAACUCGUCUCCGUCUCUCUUGGUUUCGCUGACGAAACGCGCGCGCGGUGACUCGCUUGACAUGUACGUGGAUAUGAAAGUUCUUCGGUAA